GAGAGUCUCUCCCCUCUCCUAUGUCCACUGUGUGUCCUUCACGGCCCCCACGGAUUAUUUCGGUUUCCUCUCCGCGCUCAUACACUCCGCACGCGCUCUCAAUGAAGCUUGGCUCUUCUUCGUGACUUUGUUCGCCAUGAGCUGCCUGGAUGUGAUGUACCAAGUGUUUGGUCCUCAGCCUUAUUUCAGCUCCUACAGCCCCUAUCACCACCAGAAACUGGCCUUGUAUUCUAAAAUGCAAGACCCCCAGGACAGCGGCAGCCGGCUCGGCCCCGUGGGCCCCCCGGCAAUCAAAGAGGAGGACAAGGAGCUGCCACCAGGAGCCGAGUACCUGAGCUCUCGCUGCGUCCUCUUCACCUACUUUCAGGGAGACAUCAGCACCGUAGUGGACGAGCACUUCAGCCGAGCCCUGAGCCACACGACCGCGUACCCCCCCUCAACCAGCCACAAGGCCAUCAGAGACGGAUCAUUCCCCAUGAGUCAGAGAAGUUUCCCUCCGUCUUUCUGGAACAGUUCGUACCAGCCGUCCGUCUCCUCCACACUGGGCAGUGCUCUGUCAGCUCCCCACACAGACCUCCCCUUCCACGGGGACCCGUACUCCUCGGCCUCCCUGCACAGCCACCUCCACCAGCCAAGCCCCGACGCCUGGCACCCAUCACAUCACCACCACCAUCACCACCAUCCUUACUCACUAGGAGGCGCUAUAAGCACCCAGAGCUCAGCCUAUCCACGUCCAGGUGUUCACGAGAUGUACAGCACGGCAUUCGACCCGCGCUACAGCUCUCUGCUGGUGCCGUCGGUGAGGCCUCACCACCGCCUGACGUCCGGCAGCUCGGUCCCAGGGCCCAGCGCCUCGCCAUGCGACCUGGGAGGAAAGGGGGAGUCGGGGUCGGGUUCGUCUUGGAGCGGUGCGUUUACAGGAGCUGGAUCAGAGAUUGGACUCAACAUGGACACAGGUCUGCAGGCACAGGAUAAGAGCAAGGAUUUGUAUUGGUUUUAGAGACCCCCCCAUCUUCACUUCUACUUCAGCUGUAGUCUCUUUCCUCUGCUCCUGCUCUACUCUGUCGCUCUGCUGCUGUUUUGGGAUGACUGACACAGAAACUGAAAUUUACUCAGACAGCAGUUUUGUGCUGUAACUCCAUCUGGUCUGCUUGCAGCUCGGUGUUACGGCGGACUGUGCAGCAGCGGCACAGCCCUGCUGAGCUGAGAGCCAGCAGCGUGGAAACAAAAGUGGACUCACAGAGGUGAAGAAGAAGAAAAUCUGAUCUUGAAGGUUUUGGACAGAGACAAGACUCUUUGUGCUUCUGUAACAGGCAGGGACAACAUUCCUAAACUGGAAAAAAGUCUGGGGACAGACGGACAGAGACACAUGUCGAGCUCCAAAGACUUGGCAGGACUCACCUCACUGGGACAACUGGGCAAAAGACACUGGGAGUGUUAUAGCUUGAGGAGAGACUAUGUUGGUGUCGAGGAGGCCGCACAGCAAGAAUGUGACAGACUGUGGAAGGCAGGAGGAGUCCAAACACUUUGGUUUACAUGGAGUAUUUGGUACAAUGUCAACUGUCUGUGUCAAUGUUACU